UCAAGGCUCGCGCACCCGUUUUUCUCCUCUUGCCAUAAUAUCCGGGAUAAUACUCUAGCUAGCUAGUACCCUCUUAAAGUCAAAAGCAUCAAUAAACAGUAUCCCCUCCGGAACCAUGUCCUCAACCGGAGCGGAUGACUUUGUCUCCGCGGAAAUGGACGCCGACGAGAUAGAAGUGAAAGCUGAAAGUGUCAACGGGGUCUCCGAGGACCCUAAAACUAAUGGUGGCCAACAGGGGUACCAUCCAGACAUGGUGGACCUUGAUUUCGUGGAUCAUUUCUCUCUCAGACAGCCGUCGAGCACCGUGGGAGCCUUUAGUAGACGGCAGAGAAGACAAGUGCGAGUCUAUAACUUGGUCAAUGAUCAGCUUCAAUUGGAGCACAAGCUGUUGCUGGACGACCCCGAAAACGCAAACACGGCGGAUUCGGAAGAAGGCGACGAUAAUGAUGGCAAUCAUGAGACAAAGACAUCCAAAUUGACACUCCAAGUCACCAUGCAGCGAUUGCGACGAGGCAGUAUGGGUCUACGGCUUCUCCGAGGAUUCUACACGUUGAUAGCCUUGCUCAUGUUUGGUUUCAUAUUUGUCUUCGCGGCUCAAGUGGUGUCCUUUCAGGCAAUGGAAAUCCCAAGAUACUAUGGUGAAGGUGAACCCGGAACUACAAUCUACGUCAAUAGGUUGGUCGCUGUCAUCUUUUCCCUCCCUCUCUUGGCCUAUUCCAUGGCCAGUCUCCUGGCUCUUGCCAUGGUCUUUGUCAGCGAUUGCUGGAAUGGUCAUGUCCUCUUCGCGUUGCUCUUCUCGGGGUUUCAGCCACAUGCCGAACUCCAGAGGGUCCCCGUGGAAUGGUUCUGCUUCGUUAUGUAUAUAGUGAUACCAGUCAUUACCAUGAUUGUGACAAUGUUCAUGGGACGCUCGGAUUGGUCUGAGAUUGGGGCUUUGACGUGGUAUGCUUCCAUGAAUCUCAGUUUCUUCAUUUUCUGUGCCAUGGUUUUCUACCACGAGAUGAAGUUGGGCCUAGAGUUCACGCAUUUUGUCCAUGAUCCUGAAGGGACGGGACCGCUAAUCAGGCUUAUGCCAAAAGCAGUCCUCAUGACUCUGAUGCAACGAUAUCGUGCAGUGGAAGAGCUUAAUUACGUGGUUCAGAACGGUAGUACCAAGGUUGACACUGACAACUACCAGUCCGUAAAGACCAUUGCAAAAGGGAACUCCAUGUCUCUUUUUGGUCGGAUCAAAAUGAUCUCUGGGAACCCCUUCUUUGAACACUUGGAUCCGCCCAUUCGAAGAUACUCUGUGGAGGAGUUGAGAGAAACCGUGCCCAUUGAAUCUAACCAUAGUUGGUCCUUAGAAAGAGCAUGUUGUCGCUUGCGCCUUGGACGAAACAGGUUUGUCAUUUCUGGUCCGAAUGCCUUGGAACCCAGACAGUACCGAUCAACCUUGGCCGUCAACGCCAUUGGUUUUCUCUUGAGUGUAACGUUGCUGGUUGCAUUCCUGUAUCAAAUGGGUCAAGGGACCUUUCUGUUGAUCUUGGUGACUGUUCUGCUUCUUUUCCUGGUGGGCCUUCCUCUGGCGACCAGUGCAGUGCAAUUGCGUUCAGCUAUGCCUCGAGAAAGUCCCAAAACAACAGAUGAUAGUGACCAAGAGGAUGAUGAAAAUGAACCUGCAUUCUAUCAGGAAUGGGCGGCAUUCACUGUGGCGAAGCCCAAAGAGUGGUACUGCUGGAUGCGAUUGGGGGUUGAAGUUAUCAUGUUCUUCAUCUUCCCUACGAUAUCCAUGUAUGCUGCGGGCAACUUGACAAAGAGUGCGACUGUGUUUUGGGGGACAGGUAUUUUCUCGAUCUUUCGCCUAUACUUGGAUGCAGGUUCCAUUAUCAACGGAUACGGCACACUCAGCAGUAUCAAAUUCAGUGGUGAUCCGGAAGACGGUAAAACUAUCCGCGAAAGAAACAAGCCUCGAGACAUGGUUGCCCGUGCCCGGGCUUCGGAGAUUAUUGGAAAGAUUUCCACUGCAACGCGAGUCUACCUUUUCAUGAUUUUCUUCGGUGUCUUAGGAGCGUAUUACGCUUUCUCAGCCUCCAAUACUCAGAACGGCGAAAACGCUACUCCUGAAUCAGGACGACCACCAAUUCGCUUGCUUGACGACUUCUACUAUCCACCACUGCCCAACACAAUCUCAUACCCAGCUUGUAAACUCGACAAGGAUUUUGCCAUCCCAGGUCAGAAUUUCACGUACAUGAUGGACUACAACAUAAUGGCUGCUCUUGGGUAUGAGACGUACAACGUCAGCCAGUAUAUCUUGAACAAAUGGUUUGGCGAGGAAGCUGGGUGGUUGGACGAAACUCAAUUUGUGAAUCAGUGGAGAGCAGAGUCCGGAAAUGCAAAGAGCCACGCCUCCUUCAAGUUAUUUUCAAAGACGAGCCAGCCAGGAGUAGGGGUACUGUCAAUCCGUGGAACUGAGACUCCAACAGAUAGAUUGUUGAAUUCACAGCUAUACAUGGGGACUGCAUUGACAACGUUUGUUCGGGCGCUGAUGCCUUUCAAUUGGUUGUGGGGCAAUGUGUAUGAAGAUUUGCUGGCGACAACCAGCUGGAUUGCAUCUGACCAUCUGCUGCAAUCGGCAUAUUACAAAGUUACUUCAAAUUUUGCCAAUGACAUGCUCAACAACCAGUAUGAGUUUGAUGGAAAAACGUACAAUUUCAAUUUCCUUCGAACAACCGGUGUCAGUUUGGGAGGAGGACUUGCCCUUAUUACUGGUGCACAGACUGAGGCAUAUGCUGUUUCAAUUUCUGGUAUCAAUCCGACCCUGGCUCGGCUGACCUUUGAUCCGCCGUUGUCUAUCGACGCGCUCAAUACACAUGUGUUCAAUGUAAUCCCCGACAAUGAUCCGAUCUCGGCGCUUGGCGACGCUGUUCGCAAUCAUCAGAGAGUUGACUGCAGAACAUGGCCUGCUGAAAGACAAAGUUGUCACAGUUUCUGGAGAGUGAUGUGUGAGUUCUUCUACAGUUGUGGUUCUCCACCGGACCGCCCCGUUCUUUGCGUCUGUGCUGAAACAUGGGGAUAUCCCGAGCCUAUCGCAAAGGGCAACCGUACGUUUGCGCAGGCUUGUAAGGAAGAAGAGGCCAGUGUCAGACAAUACAUGGAGCCCGAGUGAUCUGAUUUCAACUGAUCUUGUUGAACUGUAUCAAGCGUCGUCGUGGUGUUUUUGUUUUUCUACAAGUAGAGUUUGUCCUUGCCUUUGGUUCUAAAUGUGUUCUGCCUAAUAAUACUAGUAUUGUAAAUGUGAGAAUUUUCGCUAUUGGCGGGGGGAUUCCUUCACAAUCGAAGACUUGUGGUUCUUUGCGGUUGCGGCAACAAAAUAAAUAAUACUUGCUUGCACUGGCUUUCCACGUGAACAUUUCACAGCUAGUUGCCACUUCAGAAUCUACUACAAGGAUAAACUAAAUUUCCACAACGUACCCAAAGCAACAUGACCCCUGCUGCUGGCGCUGAUCUCACUUGCUAGGGGUGUUUGUCUGUAGAGUAGCUGUGGAGCAGUUCAUUACUAGUAAGGCCUCUGGCUGUUUAGUCCACAACUGCCCAGGUUGGACUCGCCCCCAACAAACCAACCCCUGCGAACCCAAAGGCGGCUUCGACUGUACUACCGUGGCUGCACUCUGCACUGUGACAAGAGCUGUGACAAAGGAGAUUUG